AUGACGGACGAGCAAAAGUUGGACUACCUUCUCAUGCACCUCACCGACUCUGCCUAUGUGUGGGCGGAGAGCAAGGACUUCAAGACGGUGACGGGAUUCAAGCAAUCAUUCCAUGAUCGGUUCGUAUGGGAGUCAACGGCGACGGUGAUGCAGAUGCUGACGGUUUUGAAGCAGAAAGAGGGGCAAACGAUGACGGAGUUGGCGGAUGAAGUAAGGCAGUUGGCCUCAUACGUCAAGGACUACCCGGUCGCCAUGAUGGUGAGAGUAUUCAUUGAGGGCUUGGAUGAUCCGGGAUUGAGGGAGAAAAUGUUGGGGGGAAGGCCAGUGACAUUAGAGGCAGCAGAGAAAGCUGUUAAGUACUUCGUUACCUAUGCGCAGUCGAAGGAGAUAGAGGAGGACAAGGAAGUGGUGGUAAAAGAGGAGACGGAUGUGGAGAAGAUCACGAAGCAGUUGGAGCGAUUGAUUAUGCAGCUGACUCAAAUGCAGCAGGGUAGGGGAGCAGGUAUCCUACCUAGGCCGGGAGGAGGAGCCGGAGGAGGAAGAUUUAAGUGCUAUCAAUGUGGGAAGGAGGGACACAUGGCUAGGGAAUGCCCUAACAAGGGAAGGGUAGCCAUGAACGUGAUGCAGCAAAUCAUGAAAAAAUCGAAGCCGACUAUGACCAUAGCGGAAUUCUUGAAUGGAGAAGAAGGUGGAGUGGAGAUGUUGGUGGGGGAGAGGAAACGGCGAGCCAUUAGGGAUCCAGAAGGAUGGGGGAUCGAUGAGGCAAGUGAGGAAUUAAGGAAGAAGUUGGCGGACGGAGGAGGAGGAGAAGAGGCAAGGGGGUCAAGGUUUGUGAGGGGAAAGGAGAGGAUCUCGUCCCUCCCCACCUCCUACAAUGUGGUGGAUCAACUCAAGCUUACUCCCGUGAGUGAGAGUAUGUGGAACUACAUCAAAGACAGUGAUAAAGUGAGAAAGGAGCUGAUGGAGGCCUUGAAGAAAGGGGAUGAGGAGAUUGAUGAGGGGGCAGCCGCUAUGCAAGGAGUGGCAAAGGUAGUGGCAGCCGCACCGGUGGAGGCUAAGGGAAAAGAGAAGGAGGCGCCUACAGCUAGACCAUUGGGUGGUGGUGGCCGUCCCUCCUAUGUGCUCCUCCCCUCCCAUAUAACUCAUAGGAACAUCAAAGAGGAGGAUGAGGAGUGCAUCAAAGAGUGGAUGGAGGAGCAGGACUUUUUAAAGUGGAUGGAGGAGAGGAGGGUAGCCAUGGCAAAGGAGGAAGUGAGGAUGGAGUUGAACGCGGAGGAAGAGGAUGAGUACUACCUAUGGCUAAGGGAGCAAGAGGAGGAAGGGGAUAAGGAGGAGGCAUCAAGUGAUGUGGAAUCCGAAGAGGAAGAGGAGGAGGAGAAAGAGCUUAACGUGAUAGAUGGAGAAGAGGAGGCUUGGGGAUAUGACUUUGGAAGCCCAACAGCGGAGGAAGUAGGAGCUUUGGAAAGCGCAGGCUUGGGGAUCGAUUGGGACAAGGAGUAA